AUGCGAGGUCCAAUUAUGAAUUGUAACACGUACAUUAAAAUAAUGUGUUUUACUACUAGUGUCAUAUGGAUAAUGAUUGGAAGAUGUGAUUCCACUUCCAAAACAAUGCGGAUUCUUGAAACGCCAAACAUAAAGCCACUUUACUUAAAUGUAUCUGAAUCAAGGACGGAAAGCAGAGUAACUGUGUAUGGAAGAUUCCGGAGCCCUCAGGACACAACAGCAGAAAUUGACGACGGAACAAUUGUUAAAUUUGACAAAGUAUUAAACUCCGAGGGAAGUUCAAUGGAUUUUGAAUUGGUUUUGUAUUAUGAUAUAUGGAGAUAUUUGCCAAGACUAACUCUAAGCUCAAAUUCCGCAUCAGAAUUUUUGCACAUUUAUUUGAGUGAGAUUGUAGAUGACUAUGUGCAGACCGACUUUACUGGAACAGACUGCUCAGUUGGAAUAAACAGGUCAUCCGAAAGUCAAUCUACAACGUACAAUUCCGUGAUUCAAAAUUGUAAUUACGCCAUCGACGAUAUAUUUACCAUUGGGUUGAAUAAAUCUGGUGAGAUUAUUCGACUUGACUCAGAUAUGUAUUGCUAUUCUUCAAAUGCAGAAAAUAUGAAGUAUUUUAAAUCAAGAUGCUCUUUGUAUGUAUCCGAUGAUCCUUUAUAUGUUACGUUCUAUGAAGACAAAAUGGCUGCUGACAAUGUGGAACUACUCUAUCUCAAUUACAUGUUCAAUCCUGUAGGACCAUGUUCUCAGAAAUGUAUUGCAAACAUCAAACGAUGGUUUUUCUCAAUCAUUUAGCUUCAUCAGCUAUCAAUAAAGUGGAAAAAAAUAAACAUCACAC